CCAUGUUUGUUGGAUUAAUGGUUGUGAUGGGCAUGGUAAUGAGAGAUGGAGAUGUGUUGUGUGGGGCAGAUGAUCCGACGGAUGGAUUUACGGAGGUGCCAUUGACGGAGUGGAACUUGGAGCUACAGAAGCCGUACGAUAAGCCAUUGGAGGAGAGGUAUAGCUACGAGAAUGGAGUGAGGAGGCUGUGGGUGUUUGCAGAUGACAAGCCUCACGAUCCCACCAGCAUGACCAAACCUCGCACUGAGAUCCGCAUUCGCGGCUAUGAUUAUUCAUCUGGAGUCUGGCAGUUCGAAGGCACUGGUUUUGUGCCGAACGGCACGUCCGGCGUCUCGAUCGUGCAGAUCCAUGGUGCAGCGAAAGGCGCUACGACUUUUAUGCUUAGAGUGUACAAUGGGGUCAUGAAGAAUUACGUAACUGAUGUGGUGGCCACAGAUGUUUAUGAUAAAUGGAUGAGAAUCAACGUAAUCCACGAUGUUGAUGUAGGGAAGGUCACACUUUUCAUCAAUGGGACCCAGAGAUAUGAGGUGAAAGAUCAUGGCCCAGGUGAUCUUUAUUUCAAGUGUGGUGUUUAUGCCCAGAAUAAUGCAAGUUAUUAUAUGGAGUCGAGGUGGAAAGAUAUUAAAAUCUAUAAGAAGUGA